CCAAACAAUAAACUUAUAAACCUUCAGUUUAGUUACAAUAUAUAAACUAUUCCGCUAUUUUCACAUUUUUAUUUAUUUGUUGCCGUAACGGAAGAUCAGCUCAUAUCUUCGUCUGCCUGGGAGCUUUUUCGCGCAGAUUCUGCUAUUGUGGUAGAAUUGAAAUUGUUCGUACCAAACUCUUUCAUACAGAAACCAAUACUGGUUAAACUUAUUUAUCACUCAUUUUUCGUCUUAAAAUGGGCCUUUUCUCGAAAAAACAAUCGAAAAAGAAUAGUGCUGAUGCAAAUGACCUAAGUAAAGGAUUAGAGAACCUGAGCAUUUCUCUACAAGUGGACGAUUACAAUAGAUUCGGUGUUAUUGGCAAACCUGUAAAUUGGUAUUAUGAUGCAGCACAAGAAUUGCUUGCUUUAGAAACAUCGGAAGACAUUAUUUAUAUAUUCGGCAAGGGUUCAGUACAGACGCAAUAUGUUAUUCCACCGGGUGUGAAACUUUCCCAUUUGGUUAUUCAUUGGAUGCAUUUAAUCCUGAUUGGAACGAAUAAUAUGUUAUAUUCUUUCGAUCUGACCAGGCCACAGAACAAAGAUCCUGUUUCUUCACUUACUCUUCAUAGAAAAGUUACUGCUAUCGGGGUAGAUUCCGCAGUUGAAUGGCUGUAUCUCGGUUUACAGGACGGUUCAGUGUUUGCUUAUGAUACAACGAGACGUGGCUUUGGAAGCUACCGAAUUGAGAACCAGUACACGGAGCGGCAAGAAGAGUGGAAGCUAAUGGGCUAUCCUUUUGCGAAGAAAAGCGUUUCAGCGGUACAGGGUAUCCACAUAAACCCCAAAGAUUUAGGCUUAUUGCUGAUCGUAUACGACAUUGGAGUCGUACUCUACUCUCUCAAAGCAUCAAAGGCGUUACGGUAUUUUGAGCUAGAAUUUGCACCUGGAAGCUUGGCAGCUAGUUUCGCUACGACCACGCAAUAUCGCCGUCCACAUGUUCAAGGCUGUGUUUGGAGUCCUUGGGGUACUCAUUUUCUUUGCUGGUAUGAAGAUUCGGUAUAUGCAUUUUGGAAUGUCGCUAGUGAUGAACCCAUUCAAACCAAAACAUUUAUUGAUUCAAAUGUCCACGCUUUUGACCCAGACUUGCCCAGUUUGCAUCCAGUAAAACUUGAACCUAUACGACAAAUGUUUUGGUGUGUCUCAGAAAAGUUGGACUUUUCAUAUGUUCUUAUGAUGGGUGGCCUGCCUAAGGAUUCUCAGAUGCAGGGAGUAUCCCUCAUGCUGUACAAGAAAAACCCAGAAGGAAUUGCAGAUGUGAAACAACUAACUGAAUACUAUACCACUCCUGAUUCGCAGCGCUUCUUUCCGUUUGACGCAGGAAAAGAACCUGUGAGUUUUCUUGUUAUUCCGUCCGCAUCACCCCACUAUUCUGGAGGCCAUGCUCCUUAUGCAAUGCUUGUACUCUUUGAAGACGGCUCUAUCCUGCCACUCGCAUUGCCCACAGGCGAUGUCAUUACUCAUUCUUCUGUAUUGCCUCCAGCCUUAGCACUUUCGCUUCCAAACACAAAGUUGAUGGGAUUUUUUAUGAUGUCUAAACUAGCUUGGGAUAGUCUGUACGAAACAACAAUUCUUAAUGCCCUCCCUUCACUUAUUCGUGGAGGUACAGAACAUCCGGGCUUUCUGCGACAGCUUGACUCGAGAAGCGUAUUCGUGACGUCUAGAAAACUAAGCUUGACAUUAUGGAAUGUGUCUAAAGGAUUAAUCUCUUCGCAUUCUGCUGUUUACUUGGAUUUCUCAGAAGUUUUGGAAAGCAAUCUUCGCCCUAAUUGCUCAUUUACUAGUGUUUCCAUUUCCAGAUUCACAGUCGAGCUUGCAUGUGCAGAUACUUUGGGCAGAGUAUUGCUUGUUGGAAGAAGCGCUAAGGAUAACGGAUCCCAUGUUACUCUUGCUGAAGGAAUCGCUAAAAUUCAUGAUCCUUUUGCUGUUGAAGGAACAAUUCGUGGAAAGUACAUACUUGACCUCAAACAAGGUCAAGUGUCUCACCUGAAUAUGUCGGAUAUCGGUUUCUUGCUUGUUGGUUAUACGAAUGGGUGCCUGGCAAUUAUUGACUUGAGAGGUCCACACAUUUCCUGUGAAAUUAGUCUUGCAGACUUCGCAGAUGCUUUCAGAAGAAAGGGAAAGCUCAGCCAUUUCAGUUCAGAGCAUGUCACGUCCUCUUGCUUUUCGGUGUUCUCUCCCGAUAACAAAAGACCCGCGCAGCUCUAUGCACUAGUCGGAUCAUCUGUUGGCAGAGUAUACGUCUUUCAAAUAAGCAUGAACCAGAAUGGUGUACAUGAGGUCUUCUUUGAGCACGCAUUUGAGUUUAGCAGUUCCAAGAUAGUUAGCAUACGUCCCGUUACGCAGUCUGGUGUCGACGCUACCGCUGAUGGACAAGCAUUAACAAUCAUAGGUUCUCCUUUGCAAGAACCAAUUUAUAUCUCAAUAUGCUCCGAAUCAAGUACUGCUCUUUACCAGGGCAUGAAUCAAAAGUGCUCCUCAAUCCACUUUAACCGCAAAAAAUGUGUUCAUGCAAAUAUCUUGCCGUCAAAAUUCUCCGAAAUGGGUUCACUUGUUUGUUUGCAUUCAGAUUCUAGUGCAUCGUGGUACACUUUGCCUAAUUUGAAGGAAGAGUUAUCUUUAAAGUUACCAAAGGACAUUUCCGUAACUGGCGAUAUGCAAAAUGCUCUUUUGACGAAUGGUCAAUACAUUCUGCCUACGGUAUAUCCAAACGCUUGUGCCUUAGGAUCCAUUGCUGGAACAGGUUUCCAUCUGGGAAUGGUUCCGGCGCCUACUAUCAUCGUUCUAGCGAAGAAGUUUGCAGCUCGGCCUACUAUAUCCACCUGGUCUUGGUUGAAGGGUGAGCAGUAUGUAUCUCCGGAAGACUUAAACCUGAUAUUGGCCGGUCCACAUCGUCCAGCGAACAAGAUCCGGCCACCCAAAGUCGUUACGCCUUCAACAGAUCAAGCUUCAUCAUCAAACUCGUCAGCGCCCCCAAUUCAAAGAUAUCAUCCUAAACAGAAAAGCAUAUUUAAUCAGCUCACUGACUCGCUUACAAAACGUGGUCGUAUUUUGGGAGGUGUUGAAGAUAAACUUGAGGACUUGGAAGUAGCAAGUUCCGACUGGCUUAAGGAAAUAAAGGCAUUUGCUAAUACCUCUAAGAACGAUGUGAUGCUAUUUGGACUAAAAAGCUAUCUUCCGUAGUAGUUCACUUUUACAAUGUUUUAACUGUAGAUUAACAUAUUUAAGAAAUGCUUUUACGAGAACCAAAAAUAUAUAAAAAUUUAACCAGUUUUCUCAUCAUAUUUCCUUUGGCAAUCUUGAGCGGACGAUACU